AUGCCGAAGGGAUCUCUUGGCGUGAGUGAGAAGCGGACCCACCCGCUCAUCUGGUGCGCGGCCGUCAUCUGCGUCAUCCUCUCGUUGGCCGUGAUCAUUGCCGGUAUCGCCGUGUUCAUUGGCUACGUCGUCGUCCACCCCCGGGUGCCCUUCAUCAGCGUCGUCGGAGCGAACCUCGACAUCUUCCGGAUCGAUUACGGCGGGGUCCUGGUGACCCAGGUGACCAUCGACAUCAAGGCCGAGAACGACAACGCCAAGGCCCACGCGAGCUUCCAGAAGAUGGAGCUGAUUCUCAGCUACGACGGGGAGAACAUCGCGCUGCUCCGCGCCUACCCGUUCGACGUGAAUAAGAAAGACUCCAUGGUGUUCCACUACGUCGUGCAGUCGUCCCCGAUCCCGCUCAACCCAGAGCAGUCCAACCGCGCCGGCGAAUCUUUGGAAAAGAACAAGGUGACGUUCGACCUGAAGGGCACUGCCAGGGCCCGCUGGAGGGUGGGGCGUCUGGGCUCGGUCAAGUUUUGGUGUCACCUAGACUGUCACCUCCAGUUUCACCCUCAAAACCAGACGUACAUGCACUUCCACCAUUGCAGUUCAAGAGGCAAAUGA